CAACAAUCCAAACCCGCGUGGCCCCACUUUCCUUUCGGUUUAAUUCGUUUCCGUUGAUUCUCUCGCCGAUCGCACGUUAACUCAUUUCCCCACCGUCACCGCCAACCUCCGCCGGAAGAUGGGAAUUUCGUGGAGUAAACGACAGCAGCAGCCGCAGCAGCAACUUCCACCGCCGUCUCUCUCGCAACUUCCGCCGCCGUCCCUCUCGCAAGUUCCACCGCCAGAGCAACCUCCAUCUUUAUCCAGUCCUCCUCCGCCCCUCCCUCCGCCUCCGCCGGCACUACCCUGCGUUGUUUUCGGAGCUAGUUCACCCUAUCCCGCCCCCUCCCAGAACCCUUAUUCCUCGAUCCCCGUUCCUUACACGCGUCAGUCCACAGGCCCCUUCAAUCACGACUACAAUCAAACCAAUCGACCUUUUAUUUACCGUAACAAUUACCAUCCGUCCUAUUACCUACCACAAGCUCAUGGAUGGUAUGGGUCCCGCCCCCCUCCGCCACCGCCACCGCCCUUGCCUGCGGUUCCCUAUGUAGAUCACCAGAACGCGAGGAAGAUCAAGAAUGACGUAAAUGUGCACAAAGAUACUAUAAAGCUAGAAGUUGACAUGCUCAAUAAGGAUUGCCAUUUGGUGUCUUUUAUUUUGGAUGCAAUGGUGGAUGGAAGCAUUUCUAUUUUAUACUUUGGUAAGGAAGGGACCAACUGUAAAUAUACUCCGGUGUACACAGACAUAAAACCAGUGAGAGUCCCUUUCCAGAAAGGAUUGGGCCAAAAGUUUUGCCAGCCUGCGGGAAGUGGCAUUGAUUUGGGUUUCUUUGACAUAAAUGACCUGUCGAGACCUCUACCUGGAGAAAAUGCUUUCCCACUUGUUAUAUUAGCAGAGUCAUGUCCGCCAUCAACAUCUGUGGAGGAACUUGUUCCCGAUGAGCUACAGUCCAGUAAAUUUUUGCAUGCUCAAAUCACAGAGGCUGUUAUAGAGAGGCACAGUGAUGAUAAUUUUCAAGUGAAAGUAGUCAAGCAGAUAUUGUGGGUUGAGGGGGUUCGUUAUGAGUUGCGUGAAAUUUUUGGGAUUGGCAAACCAGAUGAGGCAGCCAUAAAUGAGGACUCAGGAAAAGAAUGUGUCAUUUGCUUGACUGAACCAAAGGAUACCGCAGUUUUGCCUUGUAGACAUAUGUGUCUGUGUGGUGAAUGCGCCAAGACUUUAAGACUUCAAUCAAACAAGUGUCCGAUAUGCCGUCAACCCAUUGAAGAGCUUCUGGAGAUCAAGGUUAAUGAAGGUUCAUAGGCAUCACCAAAAGCUUGGAUAUGGCAAAGCAACAUGUAUACCUGUCCGUGGAAGAUUAAUAAUCAUUGCCGCUUGCAGAAUAGUUUUGUAACAACGUUCCCUAAUCAAAGUAAUCAGCAACUAUAUUCACUACGUGGUGUUGUAUAUAAUCUGUGAAUUGGUCCAGUUAUAAUAGUUUUUCAAUUAUUUGAUCAUCUUAUCUUCAUCUAUUUGGG